AUGGUUGAACCUGGCCUCCUACGGUGGAUGAAGGAGCUCUUGACAGGAAGAGGCAGCGGAGGCCCAACAGGCGGCCUCAACAACGAGUUCCGUGAUUUCGUCAAUGGUCGACCGGUUCAAGGCCCUGCAGGUCCACCCGCCCCCAAGGCGAGCAAGAAACCCCUUAUCAUCUUCCUCCUCGCCCUCUUUGGUGUUCCAUACGCCAUGACCAAGCUCAUUCGUAUCCUCUCCGACCGUGCUAAGGCUCAGGCCGCCGCCAAUGGUGGUGUGCUACCCGGCCAACUUCCCCCACUCGACCCAUCGUCACUCACAUUCGCACGUGCCCUCUAUCCUUUCACGCCCUCAAAUCCCAACGAGCUCGCGCUCAAGGACAACGAGAUCGUCGCAAUCACAGGCAAACUCGAUCCUCGUACUGGAGCCGAGGUCGAUCCCCGAAUGGAAGUCGAUGGCGAGUGGUGGAAAGGGCGCACACGAGAUGGUAGGGAGGGUUGGUUCCCUAAAAAAUGGGUCGAGGUCCUUCAACGACGACAGCCUGAAGAGCCAAAGAAGAUCGAUUAG